AUGCUCGGCAUCCCGCGCUUACGGAGAAACAUCGUCCGUCUCCUCACCAUCUGGCGGCGGCAGCAGCACGAGCACGAGCUGCUCUCUGCUGAAAAGAUCAAGGCCGACGAGGAAAAAGGCCAUGUCGCCGCCGCCUCUGCUGCAGCAUCUGACAAGCGAUCCAGCGGCUCCUCUGUCGCCUUUCGCGUCUUCCAGGGCGCCGUCAUGGCUCUGUUUGCGAAUAUGGUCGGCCAGUAUCUUGUUGCUCGCAGAGACAGAAAGCUCAAAAAAUUUCACCUUCAAGUCGUCCCCAUCGUCCAGUUCGUGCUCUGGACAAUCGCAAUCACGCCCGUUCUUAUACGAUGGCAGGAUAUCCUAGACUACUACUUCCCCUCGCAGAUCACCUGCACGUCCUCUGUUUCCCAAUCCCGCCAGAUCUCGCACGCCUCCCCGUCGCCGUCCUCGUCGUCCUUGUCGCUCUCGGUCGAUCUCGAGAAACGCGCGACGCCGUCUCCGCGCAUCGUCCGCACCGUCAAGUACUCGCAAAAGAACAUCGUCAUCAAGACCAUCCUCUCCGAAACUUUCUUUGCAUUCGUCUCAAACGCAAUCUUCCUCUUCUACAUGGCCUACCUGCGCGACCACAGCACCACUAAAGCCGUCGCCGCCGUCGAGCGUGAUCUCAUGCAGGUCUGGACCAACUCAAUAAAGUUCUGGCCUCUCAUCUCCUACGUCACGCUUGGCUUCAUCCCGGUCGACUACCGCAUUGCCUUCUCGUCCGUCUUUGCCGCUAUUUGGAGUGUCUAUGUGAGCAUGGUCACCCUCUAA